GUUUGUGUGUGGCGCGACGCGAGCGGGUGCGCGCGCGAGUCAGUGUGUGAGUGAGCGCGCUUCCAUCACAGUCUUGACAGCUGGAAGGCGGAGAAGCUUUGCGACACAGCCAAGAUAAACUUUCGAUUAUCUGGGGUCUUUUGUUGUGACGUUGUACGCGCCAAUCACAGGGACAGUCUCUUCGUGACUACGCGGAGGAUAUUCCCUUCUUUAUUCGUUACUUUAUUUGAUUUUAACACUUUCUUGAUAUAAAGCAUUCGUGCUGACAGUAAGUGGAAGUGAGUGGAAAACUGUUGCCGGUUCCUGAUAUAAGGAUGAAAAGAGCUAAUUUCAGAUCUCAGAGGGGAAACUGUUCUCAACGGAUGCCGUUUUAUUGCUUGAUUUCUGCCAUCAGUGGACUCUGACCUCUUGGAAUCAAAUAAGAUGGCAUUUUGAUGCAUGUGAUUACAAUUAUUUUAACCUAGCGUUACAUGCAUAUCCUCUAGAGGGGAAAAACAUACUUUUUACCAGGAACUGACAAAGCGAUAUCCUUUUAUUAUUGUACACUAUUGGAUAUUUCAACAAUGCCAACUUGGCCUGAGGAAGACCCUUGGUAUGGUGGACUUCUUACCAGACAGAAGAAGCAUGGCUCUCUAUCCCUAAACGAUCACCAGUUGGGUCUGUAUUUCUUCAUGACACGUGGAUGGAUCUAGACAUUGUUCAGCUGCAGUCACCAUUCAUUUCCUAUUUAUAUAAGUGACAUUGUAGGCCUCAGAGAAUGAUAUGUCCAAGAAAGAGGAGGCCCAUCAAAGAUGAGGAUUUUUCCGCCAUCGUGGUGCCCUCCAUGAAGGGUUAUGGUUACUUGGAUUACACAGUUGAAAGUCAUCCAUCUAGAGCCAUGCAAAUCAUGGAUGAGUUCCGCCAUCACGAGUUGCUCUGUGACCUGGUUUUACAUGUGACGUACAAGGACAAGCUAGUGGAUUUUAAGGUGCAUAAACUGGUUCUGGCUGCCUGCAGUCCUUACUUCAAAGCCAUGUUCACCAGUAAUUUCAAGGAAUGCCAUGCCUCAGAGGUCACCUUGAAAGACGUGUGUCCUCAGGUCAUCAGCCGCCUCAUUGACUUCGCCUACACCUCCCGCAUCACAGUGGGCGAGAAGUGUGUUCUUCACGUCCUCUUGGCUGCCAUGCGUUAUCAGAUGGAAGAGGUGGCCAGAGCAUGCUGUGAUUUCCUAACAAAGAACCUGGAGCCAUCCAAUGUCAUAGGCAUCUCAAGAUUCGCAGAGGAGAUCAGCUGCACUGAGUUGCACCUUCGUACCAGAGAGUAUAUCAACACUCACUUCAAUGAGGUAACAAAAGAAGAGGAGUUCUUCAGUUUGUCCCAUUGUCAGUUGCUGGAGCUGAUCAGUCAGGACAGUCUAAAGGUGCUAUGCGAGACCGAGGUCUACAAGGCCUGUAUCGACUGGGUCCGCUGGGAUGCGGAGAGCCGUGCCCAGUACUUCCAUGCCCUCCUAAAUGCAGUUCACAUCUACGCCCUGCCACCCACAUUCCUCAAAAGGCAACUCCAAUCCUGCCCCAUUCUCAGCAAGGCCAACUCCUGCAAGGACUUCCUGUCCAAGAUCUUCCAGGACAUGGCUCUUCGAAAACCCUUGCCGCCUGCUCCUCACCGAGGGACACAGCUUAUCUAUGUAGCAGGGGGUUACAGACAACAGUCCCUGGACUCUUUGGAAGCCUUUGACCCACGGAAGAAUGUCUGGAUGAAGUUGGCCGAUAUGGGAUCUCCCUGUAGCGGACUAGGGGCCUGUGUGUUGUUCGGGCUGCUUUAUACAGUAGGAGGCCGGAAUCUUUCUCUGCAGAAUAAUACAGAAUCUGGAUCUUUGUCCUGCUACAACCCCAUGACUAACCAGUGGACCCAGCUAGCUCUGCUCAACACGCCCAGAAACAGAGUGGGUGUUGGGGUCAUUGACGGGAGCAUUUAUGCCGUAGGGGGUUCACAUGCCUCUACACAUCACAACAGUGUUGAGAGGUAUGACCCAGAGACAAACCGCUGGACUUUUGUGGCACCUAUGUCAGUAGCGCGACUUGGGGCCGGUGUUGCCACAUGUGGAGGAAAUCUAUAUGUGGUUGGGGGCUUUGACGGGGACAACCGAUGGAACACUGUGGAGCGCUAUCAGCCAGAAACUAACGCCUGGCAGCACGUGGCACCUAUGAACACUAUUCGGAGUGGUCUUGGGUUGGUGUGCCUGGAUACCUACCUCUAUGCAGUUGGUGGCUAUGAUGGUCAAACCCAACUUAAAACGAUGGAGAGAUAUAAUGUAGCUCGAGAUGUGUGGGAACCCAUGGCCUCAAUGAACCACUGCCGCAGUGCACAUGGAGUCACAGUCUUUCAAUGCAAGAUAUAUGUGUUAGGUGGAUUCAAUCAAGGGGGUUUCUUGUCCAGUGUGGAGUGCUACUGUCCGGACAGCAAUGUAUGGACGUUUGUAACUGACAUGCCUGUUGGCCGCAGUGGAAUGGGUGUUGCUGUGACCAUGGAACCAUGUCCAUGCCCUGGGAUUCUGCCAGGAGAGGAUGAGGAGGAGGAGGUGUAAAGUUGAAGUUUGAACUUUGAACAUGUGCCAUCUGAUGACAACUCAAAGUCGGCUUUGCGCUGUAUUUUCCUUGAACCUCUUUAUGUAUGUGAUGCCAAUGAGGACAUUUCUCUUUUUAAUAUUUAGGUUAAUUCAAGUUAAUUCAAGAUAAAUCUCUCUCCACUACAAAGUGUGCGUGAUUCAGAGAGAGAAGUCGCUAAUCACUGGACCAGUGAACUUCAGCUCACAUUAUCAGGUCUGAAUGAAUAUGCUUGACUGAGACAUACUCUACACAAUCAUAUUGUCUAAUGAGUUUGUUCUAUAUAGCUGUUCAUGUCCGAAUAAGCUCUUUUUAAUGUCCACACCAGAUAAAACACACUGAAAGUUUAUGAAAGUUUGGCUUGGGUUUUGUUUCUGCUUUAAAGUUCAUGUUUCUGACAACUUUAGGAUCUCUGCUAUUUGUCUGAAGACAAGGGUUUUUGCCAGUAACAUUUUCUAUGAAGCCUCUACAAAUAAUGCAUUAUAAAAUUAGAUUCUGCAUUGCAAUGCCAUAUAAAAUGCUUUAUAAUCAGUUUUAGGAUAAGUUCUCCUAAAUAAUUGUAGCCACAGUUGUAAAACAUUAUAAAACUAUUUGCUAUUAUUCCUUUAAAGUGUAUAUCUGCAGCGUGUGUUAUUGUGCAUUAUACUCUUUAAAGAUAUAAUCAGAUAGAGAAACGUUUUAAAAUAAGACCUUGUACGACAUUUAUAAUAGACUUUUUAAUGCAUCAACAUACCUUUAUAAUGUAUUUAUACAUACAGGCUUCAUAGAAGGAUUAACAUGUUUGCUUAUAACCACUAGGUGGAGGGAUUCUACUUCCAAAUAUAUUGGGAGAACUUUUCAUACUGAAUUAAGAGGUACUUAAGAAAUUAACAUGAUUUUUAUGUUAGCUUCCUAUUUCAAAAUGUUCAUUUAUUUACAUUUUUAAAUUAGGAAUUAACAUUAGUUAUUUAAUCAUUCAAAACUAAUUUAUUUUGAUUAAAUCCUCUUCCGAUGAUAAAUUCACAAAAAUAAUUUCAUUUGUCCCUGGAUAGACAUUUACUACUGUUACAUGAUGUGACACAUGACAGCAUUCGUGAAGCAUAUUGCAUGUCUCAGCCCAUAGGGCAGCAGAGAAUCUCCCAUGGAAGACAGCUUGCAUGCUGUUUUUACCAGAACUAAUAAAGACACAAUUACACGUGAUGUCACAAUAUUAGUCAUCCGGCAUGCGUCAGAGGAUUAUUUACAGAAACUGGCAGGGCCUCUUCUCGCCUCAUCCACAGGUUUCUACUGGAUAGGUCUCAGGUAACUGACCAUCAUGGACAGACCACCUGAUGUAAGCUGCACAAGACACUUUUUUUUCCCAAUGCUAUUUAAUUGUUAAACAUUGUUAUUGUUAUAGUUACUGUUGGUUCAAAUGUAUAGUGGUGUUCAAAUUCUGGGUACAAGUGUUUCCUGCAACACUUUCAAAUGAAUCUACAGUGCUGCAAAUUAUUUUGUAAAUAAAAUUUUACCCAAG